CCUGAAGCGAAUUUGUCUAUGAGUCUAGGUUGAGAUAUUCACGUGCGUUCAAUGCGCCAUGAAGGCGAUAUGCGAAAGAAUGUCGUUGUGCGAGGAGCAAAUGCUUGUGUUACGGCAACAUAUACCGUACAGCGUCGUCUGAAACGGGCGCCGUGCACAGGACGAGUCACUGCUUGCUAAGCUGGUCUGUUAGAGGAGUUUCUCGAUAAAGCCUUCAUGGUGGCAUUCUUCUCUCGCCUUUGCGCCCAAGGACUCAUAACGGUAACGCGAUGAAGACAGUCUGUAUUGUUGGCGCUGGCCCAGCUGGUCUGGUGGCAGCGAAGACGUUUCUAGAUUAUGGGAGCUUCGCUGUCACCGUCUUUGACAAGGCUGACCGCGUAGGUGGAAUUUGGGCGCUCGAUGAAGACACGCAGAACGGCUACUUGAGCCCUCAGACGCCCACCAAUCUUUCUCGAUUCACUGUGGGCUUCAGCGAUCUGGACUGGAAUGAUGUUGAUUUACGGAGUAAUAGCUGGUUAGGUUCCACGAGAGGCCCCAGUGAAAGACCGUUCGUCCCGUUGUUCCCAAAAGCAUGGCAGGUGAACCGUUAUCUCGAGGAAUAUCGUCGACGGUACGUGCCAGAUUCUGUGCUCAAACUUGGCCAUGAAGUUGUAAAGGCGACCAGAGACGAAGUCAACCUCCAAGCCAGCAGCCCUUCAUGGCACAUAACAAGCCGAAAUGGAAGUGGCCAGUUGCAGACCAUGACAUACGACUAUCUAAUAGUGGCAUCCGGCUUCUUCUCGACACCAAGCAUACCGCAAACGAGACCGCCUGAUACUACUGACGGAGAUCGCAUGUCUACCAUCGUGUCGAUGCACAGCUCCGAGUUCAGAUCCCUGGAUGACCUCUUCCCGGAUUCUCGGUUAGCUGCCGGAAAGACUAUCCUGCUUGUUGGUGGCGGUAACUCAUCAGGUGAGACUGCUGCAGCCGUCGCCAUGCAGUUAUCCGACGCCUUGUGGUCUCCUGACAAGAGCCGCCGUAAACUCUACGAAGGCUGCAAAAUUAUCCAUGUAACCCCAAGACCGCUGUAUGCCGUGCCACCCUACGUAGAGUAUGACACGGGCUCAAGGACAUACGUACCACUGGACUUCAAGCUUUACGACUUCUCAAAGCGCCCGCAGGAGCUGGAGAGUUACGGUGGCGUACAGCCGCCUGCAGUACGUGCCAUGGUCCAUGGUGCUGUGCAGGCGAUGGUGGGAGGCGAUCAGGCCGAGUUAGGCAGUGAAGCACUUCUGAUACCACCGGCGGACGAAAAGGAGCGUGCUGUAUACGUUGCGCUUGCUGAAAGCUAUUCCGAGUUUGCGCGUAGCGGUCUUAUUGAAGGCUGCAGGGGGCGGGUGAUUGACAUCCAGCCGAAUCAGGACGGUACCGCUUCAGCCCUCACCAGCACCUGCGAAGAGAGAGUGUACGUAAUUGGAGCGGUGAUUUACGCUACUGGCUAUACGCCCGCAACUGCCCUUGACUUUCUUGCAGACGAUAUCAAACGUGCCCUGCAGUAUGAGCCUACCAGCAUGCGGCUGCCUAUCAUUCUGGACCAGUGGCAAACAGUCAAUAGCAGUUUUCCAGAUCUUGCAUUCCUUGGCUUCUACGUUGGGCCAUACUGGCCGAUGGUGGAGAUGCAAGCCAAGCUUACAGCUGAUCGCUGGAUGAAGGGAACACCACUCGCACCGCAGAAGGCUCACGAACAUGUCGAAAGCCUACUCGGAGUUCGGACUGCGGAGAGGGAACAGUCGCGCGCAGUACCACAGUAUUGGUUCAACGACUACUUAGGCUAUCUGGAGGACAUUGCGAAACAUCUGGACAUGCUGAAAAACGAUGGUCGUUUCCAAAACCGAGAAGGCUGCCCUUCCCCGGCACGGUAUGUCUCUGCCGGAACGAACCGAAAGCAAGCGAAUGCAAUAAUCGAUGAUAUGUACCGGACUUGGCAUGAUUGCGUCGGUAAUGGUAGGUACGUUGCCCGCGCCGCCUUCCGUGCUCUACAAGGCACGUGGGACUUAUCUCGGCGCAUCACCAGCGCUCAAAACAUCUUCUCCGGUACCUUCACUGGCACAGCAGCCUUCCAUCCUCGCUUCCCGACGCCCGACAAGAGUAGAAAGAGCUUUGACCUGGAGUAUCUCUAUAUCGAGUCCGGCACGUUCACGCCGGCCAACGACCAUGAAAUGACACUCCCAGCCACUCGGCGCUACGUCUACCGGUACUCCGAAGAGCGAGACGAGCUCAGCGUUUGGUUUCUCAAGCCAAGCAGUGACUUGGAGGUUGACUACCUCUUCCACAACCUCACCUUUGUGUCGCCAAAAAAGGCGCGAACAGCGGGAGCUUGCAUUGCGAAAGCAGACCACUUGUGCAUAGAAGACAUGUACUGGACAGAGUAUAUCCUGCCACUCGAAGCGAUUGUCUUGCGAACAUUUGAGGUCAAGCACACAGUCAAAGGUCCGCAGAAGGAUUACGUCGCUACGGCAACAUACAAGCGACCCGGAAAAACGAGAUGUGGACAGACGUGAUGCAGUGAUAGUGCUCGUUUGAUCCCGCGAACAACGCGUUCAUAAGCGCUGAACCAGCAUUCUAACAUCGCUCUCGAACCGUAUACCGAAAACGGUACGUACGUCUACAAGAAAGCAACGUUGGUGACACUGUAAGCAACCCACGCUGGAUCGCCACACACGUGAUGCCGUGCUACGCUCCGUCUGUAGAAACGGCGGACUAUCAGUCUGACGGAGGUUACAUCUCGAGCAACGCACAGGAAAAGUUGGUGUUAAUGCUACGACCAAUCCCCAGCCCUAGUCGGUGACUUUCUUUCAGGAAGCAAGCGAAGUUGAUGGAGUGUGUG